AUGAGCGACCCGACCAAAGGCAGAAUAGCCAUCAAGCUAGGCGGUGGCCCAGCCCUCUCCUCCUCCAAACCAAAACACCAGCCCCCAUCCACACUCGGCAAACGCCCGCGACACAGCGCCUGGUCCGGCGGCGGCGCAGACUCGGACGACGACGACGACGACAGACACAACGGCAAGCACGAGACCAUCACGGGCUUCGGCGCCGACGGCGCAGAGACGGAGAGGUCGAGGCGACGCGCCCAGGAGGAGAAGAAGAAGGAGUACAUCAUCGCCCCGCAGGCCAACCGGGACUGGAGGACGGAGGCCAAGGCUCAGAGGAGGAGCAAGAACCCCCUCCCCGGCACCGCGACAUCGAAUGGGCACGGGAGGCCCGAGACGGAACCUGCGGACCAGGACAAGCCAGAGAUCAAAUGGGGUCUGACCGUCAAGGAACGCAAGCCCGAGGACGAGGAGAACCCAUCGGCAGAAAAUGAGGACACGGCCAACGAGAAGGAAGAUGGAAAGGAGCAGGAGCCACCUAAGGAAAGAACCGCCGAUGAAGAAGCGAUGGAUUCGCUCCUCGGUCUGGUUCCCGAAAAGGCUCAGGUCAUCCCCUCUGAAGCAGACGCUUUCCAGCGCGACAUGGAUGCCGCAGGUGAGGUCUCUACUUUGGCGGACUACGACGCUAUGCCAGUCGAAGAAUUUGGUGCUGCUCUUCUACGAGGGAUGGGAUGGGAUGGGUCUGACAAGGGCCCAAAGGUCAAACAAGUCAAGCGACGGCCAAACAGGCUCGGACUUGGGGCCAAAGAACUCAAAGAAGCAGAGGAUCUUGGUGGCUGGAAUCAAAAUGGCAAGAGCGAGAGAGGGACCGAGAGCGAGAUGGGGGCAGGCACAGAGAUCGUGACAGGGAUUAUGAUCGACAUCGAGACCGACAUCGCGAUCAUCGAGACAGGCGGUGAUGGCGAACCGUUCCAGAGACAGUCAUACAUCCGGGGCGGCGGCGAGUAUCAGUUUGCAAUGGCCCGAACCCAGACAACAUAG